AUGGCCUUAAAUUUUGACAAGUUCCUCCUAUUUGGCGAUUCCAUCACCGAGUACUCUCACCAGCAGCCAGGCUUCUCAUUGGCAGCAGCGUUACAAAACGACUACACGAGGAAAUUGGAUGUGGUCAAGCGUGGUUUUUCUGGCUACAACACAAGGUGGGCUCUCCCGAUCUUGAAAAAAGUGUUGGAGGAAGAAUCCAAGGGCUCGGGAAGCAUCCGGAUCAUGUACAUCUUCUUGGGCACCAACGAUGCGUCGACGACGUUCCAGCAUGUGCCAAUUGAAGAGUAUAAGCAAAAUAUGACUCAGAUGGUGCAAUUGGCUGAGGAAAGAGGCAUAAAGGUAAUCAUUGUGGGGCCAGGUUUGCACGACCAGCGUAUGGCGGUGGAGCACUUUAAGGAAAAGGGAACGCCACUUGCACAACCAUUCUCAAGCUCCAGAGCCACGAGAGAGUAUGCUGAUGUGGCAAGGGAGGUGGCGCUUUCACACAAAUUGCCGUUUAUAGACUUGUGGUAUUUGUUCCAGAAGGAUGGAGGCUGGUCUUCCGAGGAGCUCUUGCAGAAAGAACCCAACUUGAGCGAAUACUUGAAGGACGGGAUUCACUACACGCCAAAAGCAUAUGAGGUGUUCUAUGACGCUUUGAUCAAGCUGAUCAAGGCACAUUAUCCGGAGUUGCACCCUGAUAACCUCCCUCGUCACUGCCCUUACUAUGGGGACAUUGACCUUGACAACUACGAGGACUCGAUUUUGCGGGGCCCAAAAAGUCUAGAGAGGACAGCUUAG